GUCUUUGGUCGGGAAGUGUGUUUCAGGCGUGGAUUCUUCAAAUGAGUCUUAUAGUUUGGGAUGUGGAUGCUUAGUUUCUUUCCCUGAAUCUUGUAACCACUGGUUUUUUUGUUCUUUGGCUGUGCUUUUGUUUGCUUAUUUCAUAAUCUAGAUUUUGGGUAUAUGGUACUCUAUACUGUGCAAUUUCUGUGUAACUAUAGUUUCGUUCCGAUUUGGUGGAUCGGAGCUUUUGAACGGAUUUAGAUGUUCUUGUUUUGUUAAAUGGGUGUAGAAUCAAAUUGGACGCCCAUAGGCAAAAUUAUCUAAGCAAUUAUGUCCGACAGGCUAAUUUGGUCUAAAGAAUGGUAGAAAUCACAGCGUCUAAUUUUUCAAGGCAUACUCUUUGAUGGGUUUUAGAAACCAUAGAGAAUAUUCAGAGUUCAUGUAGGAUUGUGUUACAUUUUGAUGUUUUUCUUUGGAAAUAGACGCCAUAGAAACAAUCUCCUGGAGAAGCAAAACCAUUUUGUUAGAUGCUGCAAAUCAAUUGGCCAGAAUGAUGUUAUAAGUAAUCGUGUUUGCUAAGUGAGAAAUGUCAAUAGCUUGCCAAUCCCGUGAGUUGGUGUCUGGGCCUACGGUUGGCUAUCAGGUUGGAGGUCAGGGCGAUGGAUCUGGGUACAUCAGGCAGCAGCAGCAACAACAUCAGCAGGGUGCCAUGAUCAGGGGUUUGUCCUGCAUUUCUAUAUAUGUACACCCUAAUAAUGCCGAAGAUAAUAAACCCUGCUGGAAGGAUUCAGAUGCACUUGGAGGAGACCAUGAUGAGAUCUUUCGGUUAGUGGAUAAGGAACGAUUGAUGGAUCCUCAGUUGAUACCGGCUUCUACAAAUGGUAAGGAUUCAGACUGCAAUUUAAAGGCCGAAUCCAAAUUGGGUACUGGUGAUGCUAACUGCAUAGGGGUAAGUGGAGGUACCUUCCAGCAUUCGUCCAAGGAUUCGUUGUCUGAAUGUUCGUCUAGUAUAGGCAAGGACGAUUCUCUGUCCUCUAUAGAUGAUGAUGCAGGUGAUAUGGAGGUAGAAAGCAAAUUGAAGGGACCUUUGGAUAACAUGGCAGAACUUGAGGACUCUCUUCCAAUCAAGAGGGGCCUAUCAAAUUUUUUCUCCGGAAAGUCAAAAUCUUUUACAUGUUUGGCAGAUGUUGCUUCAGUGAAGGAGCUUGCCAAGCCAGAAAAUCCUUACAACAAGAGACGAAGAAAUUUAUUACCAUACAGUAGUAGCUGGGAAAGAAAUCGUUUUCACUCUUCACGAAAUAACAGUUCUGGCAUAUCCAAGAAAGUGAUGCAUUCCAGCAAAAGUACACUUGCUCUUGCUGUUGCCAUGAGCAAGUCAGAGGACAGUUUAGAAAGGAAUGAAAGAGAUAUACACCUACCUCCUCUCCCACUGCAAGGGAAGUGUCAGAGAAGUUUUAUUUCUCCAAGAUCAUUCUCAUUAACAGAUUUACAGGGUGCUUGAUGUUGUCUCAAAGUUCAGUGGCCCUAUUUUUUGGAAGUUUGAUUGGGAUAUUUUGGUAAUUCCCAAAGCGAGAUAAAUGGAUUACUGGUGGUGGUAAUUUUCCCGGAGGAUAAGUAGUCUCAAAAUCAGAUACCAUUUCCAUCAGGGGAUUUGCACAAGCUACUGCCUUAUCGCUAUCUCUGUAUGAGGUAGUGUUCUCUGUAAAUAGUUUUCAGAAUAUUAUAUAUGUAAUAUGAUUUACAUCUUACUAACAUCUGUUAAAUCUA